GGACUGGGGCAGACGGACUGGGACAGACGGACUCUGCCGGAGCCGGCACAGGGGCUGGGAGGGGUGGUGCAGCUGCGAACGAGUGGGGGAAUGAACGGCAAUGGAUGAGGGUGCCAUCAGCGCGGCUGGAAAGCUGUUCCCGAGGCCGAGCUCCCAAAGGAUCUGCCAGCAGCACUCCUGAUGUCUCGGGAGCCAGGUGCUGUUUAUUCCACGCAGAGAGAUGCCGGCUGUGAGCAGGAGGAGAGUGAAUUCUGCUCCAUUCCUGACAUGGUGAAUGAGCCCCAGGAGGACAGAUCAGCAACAGGGAAGAGACACAGAAGAUUCUUGGGUGAAUGGUUCAGGUGCCAUCCCGUGGGCACGGUGGUGCUGAUUCUGCUGCUCCUGGUGCUGGUGCUGGCUUUGGGGGUGACCUUGGCCGUGCUGGCAGGUAAGGGAGGGGCAGCAGCCUGGGCCCAGCCCCUCGGGGCAGAGCGGGCUCCCUGCUCCCUGCGCAGGGGAAUGCUCAGAGCUUCUCCUCUUCCCCCUGCAGCACCACAGGUUCCAGUCACACCUGCGACUCCGCUGUUGGUUCUGGGCUGUCCCCGUGACUGGAUUGGCUACAAUGGGGUCUGCUACUACUUCUCGCGGGAUUUCAGCACGUGGGAGCAGGGUCAGGAACGGUGCUCCGAGCUCGGGGCCUCCCUGGCCAUUGCCAAGGAUGAGGAGGCCAUGGAUUUGCUCUUCCGCCUCCGCGGGAACGGCGAUUUCUGGCUCGGGCUGCGCAGACGGGGCGAGCGCCUGCACUGGGGGGACGGCAGCAGCUACAGCUCCCGGGUUCCUGUCUUUGGCAAUUCCCAGUGUGUGUACCUGGCUGAUGAGAGAUUCAGGAGUGACAACUGCUCACAUCCGCGGCCGUAUGUCUGCAGCAAGGCCCAAGCUCCCCUGUAACAGGGGCUGCACAAAGGACCUUCUCCACACUGGGCAGUGCCAGCUUCACCUCUGAGCCCAGCACAGCGCUGUCCUUCCUCAGCUGCGCCCUGUGCCUUGCACUUCCUCUCAGGGUCACCUCAGUGCCUCUUCAUCCCCAGUGCCAGCGCUGGGCUGGGGCUGCAAAGGAAAAGUCUCUGCAAUCCAUCCUGCCACCGAUGCUGCCUGCAGUGAGUGCAUUGCCCUCAUUAUAUGUGAGAAACAUGGCUCAGUAUUUACACUUUUUGUAAAAGUUCAUAACGGGUUAAAAUCCCACCCUUGGAUGCUUGGCUAUUUGCACACAGUUAACUUAAACUGUGUUUUCCAUAUUUUAGAGCUACAUGCAUAUUUAUACGAGUUUUUCAGAAUUCAGACAUAACUUUGAAUUUACACGUUGUUUUGUUUGUUUUUAACUUUUGACUUGUGUUGCAGUGUGUUGCAAUUUCCUGUUUUAGCCAUCCCAGUCCUUUCCCAGGUGUGGCAAUACCUUCUCCCUUCCCCUCCCCUUGCCUCCUGCUAAGUGCUGUAUGUCAAGCUUAACCUUCCAGCAAGGGUGUCAUGUGAUUGGCAGAAGUUCAAAAGAUGCUUCUCAGCCCUGGGGUCAUUGGCCUGUCUAAGUGUCAUUGUCCCCUGAGACUCCGCCCUUCCCACCUGGUUGGUGGCACACCUAUCCCUUCCCUCCCCCUUCUCCCCGAGCUGAAAAGGACACUGAGACCAUGCAGUCGGCAUUCUGUUGUAGCUGUUACAAGAUUCAGAGAUCUGUGACCAUGGAAUAAAACUCUGGAUUAAACCCUACGGCAGAAUCCAUCUCCUUUUCCUCUUCACCUCGCACCAGAGGUAAUACUGAGUUCCUGCUUGCCUGGACUUGUCCCAAGUGCCCAUCUGCAACAUCCAGCCAGCCAAAGGUGUCUCUGAGGUGAAACACCACAGCUGCCGCCUUUGGUCCAGCAGCAGGGGCCACACGAGCCCAGGCACGUUCCAUCUGGUAAUAUUGGGAUCAUAUUCCAAUGUUUUGGCACCCAACGUGUGGCUGAUCGACUCUGCAGCCCCAAGAAGCUUCUCGGAAUCUCAGAACUUGGGAAGACUUUAAGGCAGCUGAGCAUCCACUGGAAGGGCUUUGGCUGCAUCGCUCUCCAGAGAGACUUUGG